AUGAAGUACUUCACCACUCUGGCUCUCACCCUCGCCUCCGUCGCCACUGCAGACUGGGCUCUCUACUGCGGCGACUCAUGCGAGGAUGGUACCCUGGUUGCUUCCGGCUCAGAUGCUGUUGACAGCUGCGCCAGUCUCGAUGGCUCCUACGACUACUGCUACAUCCUGGCCGACUCUGAGUACUACGUGGAUUGGUGGAAGGCCAUCUUCUUCGAGAGCGAGACCUGCUUGGUUAACGAUGAUGUUUCUGGAGAGCACGAGAGCCUUGGACUGUUCAACGGUUCUUGCACCGCCGAAGGUCCCUGGACCUCCUACUACGUUGUCGUUAAUGCUUGA